UAGGACAACAACGCCAUAAGCCAGGGGACAGCCGACGUGCGACGUGUGCGAUCUCUUUUGACUGCUUAUCUUCAAAUUUUUCAACGCGUAGAGGUGUGUGAUAUUGCCAAGUGAGCAACCACGCUGACUGCCCGCAUCUUUAAAAACUGCGUAAUUUCCCAAUCGUGAAGAUGUCUUCGCCCCCGAAUGAUUCUGAGCUGAAGGGUGGACAUCCUCCUGCAGUUAAGGUCGGAGGAAUGCGAAUCACGCAGCACAAACCCCCCAAAGACGCGGCAGAGGGUGCUUCCAAGGAGAAGGACGAAAUUAUUGAUGACACCACCAAUGCUCUGAAGAUUUCCACUAGUCCUCCCAAAACGGUGAGUGUUUCUGGAGCUCCUGUGCGAGGCAACGCUGAUUUUCCAGUUGAGGCGGUGCAGUCGUUCCAUGACAAACCUCAGCCAACUCAUGAUGCCAGACCUGCCGCUAGGCCUAACAUUAUCCACCAGCCCAGGAAGUAGAUUGAAAGACAUGUUACAUACUUUUUUCUUUUUCUUUCUACUUCAUGCUAAUCAACUGAAAUUUGAAGUCACAAAAUUGAAAAUAAACAACUCGGUGGUCUAUAAACUAGGCGUGGAUGGAAAAUUUUCAAACACUUAUUUAAACACUGGCAAGUGUUAAAUUUCAUAUAAUUUUUAGGUUUGUUAGCCAAGCUUGAUUAUUAACAUUAUUUAAAAUGGUAGCCCGAGGGUCUUUAUUUGGUCUGUGUGAAUGGAACCUUUAAAGCUUUGAGGAUUAAAUCCGGUCAAAAUGUGUGUUAAAUCACUUCAAAGUCUAUUUUUCUCUUUUCAAUUAUUUUAUCUGCAUUUUAUUUUCAUUCCUUUGAAUUCAAGAAGACUGCUCCACAAAAAUAAAUGUUAAAUGAUAUGAGACAUUAAAAUGCUGUGAGUGGAAUAA